AUGAACACUGCUCGAAUAUGCAUACCUCGUUUAGAAACAUUAGAUAGAAAUGUUACUUAUCCUGUUAAUUCAGCAUCGCUCAUAGCCAUUGGAUGGGGUCGUCUGAAAUCCGACGCUACAGAGAUACCAUUCGAUCAACAUCUUCAACAAGUGACAGUAGCAGCGGUGUCAGUUGAUGAUCCACGAUGUGAAGAGUUUAUUAGUGAUACACGCUUCCAGUUUUGUGCUAGCGUGGUAGGUGGUGGAAAAGAUACAUGUCAAGGUGAUUCAGGUGGUCCACUCAUGCGAUUUGAACCUGCACAAAAACGAUGGGUAUUAGCUGGUAUCACAAGUUUUGGUUUAGGUUGUGCUGAUCCUCGCUAUUCUGGUGUAUACACACGUGUUUCAGCUUAUCGCGACUGGCUUCGCUCAGUUGUCAGUGAUGGAUUUAUUGAAUCAUCAAUUAAUCUUGACUCUUCUGCUACUAAAAAGUACUAUAAUACAUACAUUGUAUUUUUGUCGGUUGUACUGUUCUAUUUUUUUUCGCUUUGGAUUCAAUAA